UGGGGGCGAAAAGGUCACGGAGCGAAAGAACCGCAAUUCUGAUUACAAUUGAGAAUGAAUGCUCCUCCGACGUUUGAGUCAUUUCUCCUCUUUGAGGGUGAAAAGAAAAUAACAAUCCAAAAAGACACAAAGGUACCAAAUGCAGCAAUAUUUACUAUCAAGAAAGAAGACCAUACACUUGGAAAUCUCCUAAGAACUCAGCUGUUCAAAGAUCCACAAGUUAUCUUCGCCGGUUACAAAGUUCCUCAUCCACUUGAGCAUUACUUUGUGUUGAGGGUGCAGACCACAUCCGAUUACAGUCCACAGGAAGCAUUCCAGAACGCCAUAACUGACUUGAUCAGUGAGGUGUCACUGUUGGAUGAACAGUUUAGAGAUGGCGUCAAAGAUAAACAAGAAGGUGACUUAUAACCCAGAGCUAAAGGACUUUCUUUGUUCAUUUGUUAAAACAUUCCCUUGGAUUUACUGGGAUGCAACCCAAACCUGAUUUUUUGUGCUGGGCAGGGAACCCAGAGAUAAAGGAAAGUUUAGUCCAGGACUGGGGACAGAGUGGUUUCUUCGACUUAUGCAGGAUACUAGUAUAGGGUCCAUACGAACUGAGAUGCAAACCUUGACUUGGGACUGUGCCAUCCCCGGAUCUUGAAUAGCUACUAUGUGCUGUGAAAAGCAUGAUCGUUGUGCACGAUUGUUUCAAAUAUCUUGGGCAAUGUCGGACAAACCUCAGCAUGAGAAACCCAGCGUACUGCAUAGGUGACUGAAUCAAUGGAAACGUUUUCUAUUAGCUGAACAAAUUAUUGAAUUCAGAUGUGAAAAUAUCUCUGUAUCAUUGCAGAGAAAGCAAGGCCUUAUGAAGGAAUUAUGUACAUGUAAAUUUGAAUUUAUCAAAUUCUGUGAUUGUGUUUCUGUUUCUUUGCAAUCUGGUCUUGGCAUGCAAGCAACAUCUGUAAUAGGGUCUUCUGAUUCAAGUUACAGAGGUUGCAUGAGAAUACCAAAGAUGAUAUUGAAAAGCAGAGCCGCAAUCAGGUAUUGGUAUAGAAACAACUUACUGUGAUAUGGUGUCUAUUGUUUCAAAGCAUGUGCGUUGGUGCAUGGAGUCGGGACACAAAAGAUGAGAUACAAGCUAUGUUACACUCUGGUUUUUGCAUAGGAACUUUUAAGUGUCGCUGUCUUCUGCGUACAGUCUGGUCUUUGCAUAGACACUUCCAUGUGUCGGUGUGUUCUGCUUUAAGCCAUGGGAGUUGCACGAGGACAGGACACCAAGGGCGAUAGACAAGCUUAGACACAAUCUGGUAUUUGCAUAGAAACGCCUAAACAUUGUUCAAACAAGCUGAUCCCGAUCAUCAAGUGGUCAAGGUAACUUUUCCUAUGAGACAGGUUGGUUAUUUAGCCGCCAGCUUGUUAGGGCACUGUUAGGGCACAUAGCACCUACUGCUUUCUCACCAGCCACCUGUUGGGAUAGGCG